GAAGGACUUAUUACUAUGUUUGCCUUGCUGCCCUGAACGCCCAUGAACGGUACCUUUUCUUUUUUUUUUUUGUAUCCUUCUCUUGUUUCUUUUUCCUUCUCAUCCUCAGUCCUUCUCCCCUUUUGUAAACAUUCUGCUGUUCACUUGACCUCCAAAAAGCAGAAGAGUCAUUGAGUAUCAUCUAUACUUUCGUUUUCAGCCUCUCAAACAGUUAUAUGCAAUAUUGAUCCAUGAAUCAGCAAUCCUAUCGGUCACCAACUCUAAGCCAUGUGCAGUCACCUACUUUGGACGCUCUGUGUCAAGAUUUAGACAUGUUCAUACAUGAACUUUGUAGCAAUAACACUUCGCAGGAGGAUAUCAAUGAUACUGUUGUCAUUCAUUCGAGGGACAUCACCCCACUUGAUCUCAAUAGACCCAUCCAUACCCUUUCCAGCGAUUGCUUUCCUCAACCUUCUAAAAAAGAUGACAUUUACCCUCACCCAUCAGUAGCAAAGCAAACGCUUAAUGUAGACUCUGCAACGUUGUGCAAUGGCAGUAGAAACAUGGAGUACCCAUUUCGCUUCAGCUCUUCUACAGGUGGCGAUAAUGAGGAGGAACACAGCAGCAACCGAAUUUACAAAGGUAUGACAACAGCUACUACCGCUACUAUGGCGGCUGCUUCUGCUACAGUAGACAACCAAACAUCGAGCAUUCUGUCGACGACUACUUCAAUAUCAAUAACGUCUUCUCCAACGUUCUCUGAUCACGCUUAUGCUCAGCCUAAAUCAAAAAGCCAUCCACAGCAACUACAACAAAGCACAUUAACCAGCCAUACGACAACAACCACACCUCCCAUGUCGCCAUCCUUUCUGGGAAUAAGCAGCCAACACGGUCGAAAUGAUCAUCAGCCAUUGGCCACAACGACAAGAUCCAGUUCCCUCAACAGUAACAAGUCCUUUUCAUCGAGCUCGUCUUCCAUCAAUUUAAAGCAUUCCCAUCGUCGACUGCCUGCUCCGGCGAUCUCACCUCUUGCAUUUGAAAUCACAUCGCCUAAGGGUACUACUAAGACUACUACCAGCAAAGCCAAACAUGCUAAACAACAGCAUUUCUCUUUCUUUUUCGAGACUCCAAAUUACGCUCUAUUAUCCUACAUGGCAAAGCACUUUAUUAAAGGCGUUCAUCUACUAAACAGUCGUAGAAAACUUUAUUGUACAGCAGAAUAUCCUCUCAGUUUUAGUGGUGAAGAAGCAUUAGACCUUAUUAGUGCUUUCUCACCUUCACUCACUGAAAACAAAGAUAGACAAAAAAUAUAUCUGAGCGUUGCUCAAAGUUUGAUGUAUUGCGAUCCACCCUUAAUCGUUCCAAUUCGUGAAAUAUCAGAGAAAUCAGUACGGAAACGUAAAAUCUACAAUUCACCAACCGAAAUGUACACUUUAUCAACAGCAUCAACAGCAAUCGUAAAAGAUGAUGAUGAUGAUGAGGAGGAGGAUGAAGAAGAAGAAGAUAAUGAUGACGAGGAUGAGGAUGUUAAAAGUAGACGCUUCCAAGGCGUUUAUACACCUUUUACACGUUGUUAUUCAUCGAGUUGUUUACCAGGUCAACCGGACUGUUAUUCAGUAUCAUGUCCCAACAAGCUUUAUUCUUUGAAUGGACCUAUUUUCAAAAAGUUAACCGCCGCCGGUAAUACAUCGAUUGUCUCCUCUUCCUCUCAUGAUACGACUCUUUCCCGUGCAUGGUCUGCUACUGUUUCAAAAGAUAUCUUGAAAGCAAUGCCUGAAGACGAGAUCAAAAGACAAGAAGCCAUUCAUGAACUCAUCUAUACCGAGGAUGACUAUGUACGAGAUUUGAAGAUUCUGGAUGUGGAUUUUGCCAAAGAACUACUCAACUCACAGUGCAUUGAAGAGGACCGAAAGAAGGCGUUUCACGAUAAAGUCCUGAACAACUAUCAAGAAAUAUUAGAUAUACAUGAUACACUCUAUAAAGAACUGCGUGAUUACCAGGCCAUAUGCCAAGCCUCCAGUAGCAUUGGUCUGGUCGACAGUAUUGGCGGGAUAUUUUCACGGCACGUGCCACGCUUCAUGAAAGCCUAUAUGCGUUAUGGCCCUCAUGUGGUGUUGGCUGAAUAUUACGCCAAAGUAGAAGCAGAGACGAACAUGGUGUUCCGUCACUUUAUUAAAGCAAGAGAGCAGCUCGCUCAAUGCCGACGCUUGCCCUUCCGCCACUUCAUCAUCUUGCCAGUGACUCGAUUACAGCGCUAUGCCCUUUUAAUUGGCGCCGUGUUGAAAAAAACGUCGGAUGAUCAUCCUGAUAAAAAGACGUUGACGGAGUGCAUGGAGACCAUUCGAGAUGUGGCGACAAAAGUGGACGAAGCGACGACAAAGACCAAAAAUACAUUGCGUAUCUAUGAAAUUCAUAGCCGUAUUCGUUGUAAAGCGAUAGGAGGUGCGGCUGGAGAUCAGCCAUCCCCGCAACAAAAGCAGCUACUUUGUCAACUCGAUCUCUUAAAGCCAGGAAGGCGGCUGAUCAAAGAAGGUAUUUUGACAAGGAGAUCGCACAUUGGUGUAGAGACGAUAGAAUUACAUGUCUUUUUGUUCGAUCACCUUCUGUUGAUGACCAAAACGAAAAAAUCAUCCACAAAAGGCAAUGACGUUGAAUAUGUUAUCUCAAAAAAGCCGAUACCCUUUGAAUUGCUACAUAUUCAAGAUGCAACGGAAGGCUUUUCUAUUGGUUUAAGGCAUAUGACGAGCACUUAUUAUGAAGGUACUAGCAGCACCAAUCACCUGAAUGAUAAUAGUAGUAGGAAUGGUACGGGGAACCAUGGUCGUCCUAUGCUAUACCAGCAUAAUAACAGCUCAACUAUUUAUAAUGGAGGAGGAAGCUAUUCUCAAACGAACAACAAUAACAACAACAACAACCAUUUUGGUUCCAAUAGCUAUCCUAUGUUGGUCCAACAUUUAGGCCGACGAGGAGCAGACUAUGUACUCUACGCAGAAAAUGCACAAGCACGUAUGGACUGGAAACAAAAAAUAGUGGAAGCAAAAGCUGAUUAUGAAAUGGCUCAUAAGGACAAACAAGUCUUUGACAUAAGAACUCUCAGUGACACGGCGUUUGCAGGCUCUAAUACUCCUUCACCACACAAUCACGGAAAAGUAACCUGUACAGUUCCGUUUCUGGGCCCAACAGGAAUCCGCAUGAUCGCCAUUGGCACCCACCAAGGUAUUUGGAUUGGUAUUGAGGGCGAUACUCAAACAAUACGAUUAGCUGUAGCCCUAUCAGAUGUGCAACAAAUUGCAGUAUUAGAAUAUCAUUCCAUCUUUCUUGUGUUGGCGGAUAGAACACUUUAUGCAUAUGCUUUAGAUUCUUUGCUUCCACAUUCUCAACAGCAGCAGCAGCAACAACAACAACGUCAACUACAGCGCAAUAACAACAGUAAAUCACCAUUUGACAAUAAACCUUAUCAAAAAGUAGCUCAGCAUAUAUCCUUUUUUCACUCUGGUCUAUGCCAAGGCCGCACUCUUGUGAUUGCUAUGAAAAAACGUGGUGUAGACAGCCAUUUCAAAGUGCUUGAGCCCAUCUGUGGCAAUCUGCGUGACCCCAGAACCAGCAGUAAAUUCUUACAAGCAAAAUCCAGUCUUUUAUUCAGCAGUAAGAAGAUGCCAGAUUGGUUCAAGACAUCCAUGGAAUUCUACAUUGGUACCGAAUCGUAUGCUAUUCAGUUUUUGAAAGCGCGUGUGGUCAUUGUGUGCAGUCGAGGCUUUGAAAUCGUCAAUCUAGAAGCGCUCCACAUGAACCGCAACCUACCAGACCUGAUCAACCAUCCGGAUGAUUUUCGGUUUGUGCUCCAACGAGGCGAGCAUAAUAUUCGACCCUUGGGCAUGUACCGCUGUCGCGAACAAUGUUAUCUGUUAUGCUAUAAUGCUUUCUGCUUCAUGGUCGAUAUUCAUGGAAAUUAUGUAAAGAAUGCGCCUUUGAUUGAAUGGGAAGGGGAACCUCAGUCAGUCGCAUUUCAAUAUCCUUUUGUGAUAGGAUUCGAUGCUAGGUUUAUUGAAGUGCGUCAUAUAGAAACUGGAGAGUUAAUUCAAGUGCUGGCAGGCACACACAUGCGCUGUUUACAAUUCAUCCAUAAUCAACAGCCGCAGCAACAGUAUUUGCCGCCUAUUAUUCAUGGUUGCAUGGCGCAUCCUUUUAAACCAGAUUAUCAAUAUAUAUUUCAACUUGCAGGCGAUUUCACCUCAUCCAUAAAUUAA